UGAUUUGUUGUUGAUGUGCAAAUGCAAAACUUUUUUAUAAUUUGAUUAGUACUUCUUGUUUCUAUGAAAAACUGUAAAUAUCAUGUAAUUUAAUUAGAAGGGUAUCUUCGUGAUAAAAAAAUACAUUUAAUAUUUUAAAUGAUACAUUAUUAACAUGUAUUUUCCAGUUGGAUGGCCAAAAUAUUUAGAAACUCGUAGCCCAAACUCUUUGCCACUGUCCGUAUUUUGUAAUAGAGACCGUUCUCUAUUUUGUAUUUUAGGUGACGAUUACAUAAGUAUAUGGUUUAUAAGGCCAUGCGUGGAGGUGACUUGCUUUAGAAGAAGUAAAUCAUCACUUGAAGAAUUUGGAAAAAAUCAGUUAGCAGAAUGGAAACCGGAUUCUCUUAUGAUUGUUGUAACUACUAGCCUCAACUAUCUGAUGUUUUAUCGAGUUGAUAUUGAUGAUUCUUUGAAAUUUCUGUAUGAGCAGUUGGAUAGCAAGGUCUCUGGAUUACGUAGAGAAAGCGAUGAGCUGUUUUUGAAAGAAAAAGUGCCACCUCUUUCACUAGAACUUGUGAACAAUUUAUGCCUUGACUCAUUAAUAUGCAGUCUUGUGUGUAUUCGAGAUGAGCUUAUGGUUACCACUCUAGAUGGUCAUUUUUGGCGGGUAAGAUGGGAUGCCAAAUUAGAUGAGGAUUACACUCUAAUUUUAUGCAAUAUCUCAUUUCGCUUAGAUCAGCUGCAAUCUAGAGGAUCCAAAUUUCAUGAUGCACAAAUCCAUAUAAAAAAUAUGGAAUAUUCUCCCAUCAUAGGAGGGUUUUCAGUUGUACUAUCAAAUGGUCAAGCCUGUUUUAUUACUGCUACUACAUUGAAGUUUGAGCCUCAUCAAGUUUUUGGAAUCUUUGCUAAUGAUGUUCAGAAUGCUACUUGUACAGCUGUGAAUCAUAGGUUUCGACUCAUUGCUUAUGGGCAAACAAAUGCUCAAGGGAUCAUUUUCUGCAUUGACGAUUUAACAGGUGCUCUACAAUCUACACAUCAAUUAGUAUUAUCCAGUAAAGACUUUCCUGAUGUCGAAACAGCUGCUGGAGCCGUAUCAAAUUUGAAAUGGACUCCUGAUGGAGGAGCUCUUGCUAUGACAUGGGAAAAAGGAGGCUUUGCAAUUUGGAGUGUGUUUGGUGCCUUACUGAUGUGUAGUCUUGGUUGGGAUUAUGGGUCUGCUGAUGUGAUGAAAAAUGUUUCCCUUCUAAUAUCUAUGGAGUGGGGACCUGAAGGUUAUCAGUUAUGGGCAUUAACAAGAAAGCAACCUAAUUUAAAAGAAGAAAAUCAACCACUACCUACUGUGAAACACCCUAAAAUCGAUGUAGUUAUUUUUCAGUUUGUAAAAAGUGCCUUAACUGUUAAUGCUGGAAUGACUGGUCGUGAACAUGUUUUUUUGCAAGCUGAAGACAGAUUAUAUAUCAGUGCUGGCGCUGAUAUUAUACAUAAUAAACCGGUAUCACAUGAUUGCAAGUUAGAACAAGAAUCUCCUAUAUCUGUUGGAAUCUCUCGUGAGCAGAUGCUGGCUGGUAAUAAGCAAUGGAUAAUCAUUCCUAUACCAUAUGGCUACCUUUCUAAUAACUGGCCUAUCAGAUACACAGCUAUAGAUUCACAAGGUCAGAGUAUGGCUGUUGCUGGUAGAAGUGGCUUAGCACAUUAUUCACUAGUACAAAGAAGGUGGAAAUUGUUUGGAAAUGAAACACAGGAAAGAGAUUUUGUCACUAUGGGUGGAUUACUAUGGUGGGAAGAUCAAAUUAUACUUGGCUGCUAUAAUCUACGUGACUUGAGAGAUGAGAUCCGUGUUUAUCCUCAAGAAAGUAAACUUGACAAUCAAUUUUUACGUGUGGUUAAGAUGGACUCUCAAGUUCUUCAACUUUCUGCACUUGGUGAUCGACUUCUGAGUUUUUGUGCUGAUUCUCAUUUGACUUUAUUUUUAUUGCAAAGGAAAACAAAUGAAUAUUUUAAUCUUCGUAGUGUGCUACAAGUCACUAGGCCCUUAGAACUUGAUGUUUCAAAUUUAGUGUUCCAUCCUGCUUGUGUGAUUUCUGCUAUUUUAACUUCUUUAUGUACAGAAACAGUGAGAUGGCCACGAAAAGGAGAUGAAAGUAUACUGUUAAACAUAUGUGGUCGAUUGCUUUUACUACAGCAAGAUCCUGUUGCUAAGACAUCUGAUAUUACCAACAAUAAUACUCAGAAAGUACCAUCAUAUGGAUUACCAACUGUUUUGGCUUCAUGUGUUGAAAAUGUUUGGGUAUGCUCUCACAGCUCAAAAGAUACACCUCAUCUUACAGAAGCCUUGUGGAUCGCUUGCGGUGCACAUGGUAUGCGUGUUUGGUUGCCACUAUUUCCAAGAGAUGGAGAAAAGCAACGAUCUCACAACUUUAUGUCUAAGAGAAUAAUGCUUCCAGUUCCUGUUUAUAUUUAUCCUUUAGCUGUUCUUUAUGAAGAUGCCGUUAUUCUUGGAGCUGAAAACGAAACAGUUCUUCUCCCUGCAGACAGCUAUGGAAAACAACCAUUUUGUGUAGUGUCUCGAACUAGCCAAGUUUAUCUUCAUCAUAUAUUAAGGCAACUGUUAAAAAGAAAUUUAGGGUACCAUGCAUGGGAAAUUGCUCGAAGCUGUUCAACCCUACCAUAUUUUCCACACUCCUUAGAAUUACUUUUACAUGAAAUUCUUGAAGAAGAGGCAACUUCAUCUGAUCCAAUUCCUGAUGCUCUGCUACCAAGAGUUAUUGAUUUCAUUCAAGAAUUUCCAGUUUUUCUUCAAACAGUUGUUCAGUGUGCUAGAAAGACAGAGUUAGCACUAUGGCCUUACCUCUUUUCAGCUGUUGGAAACCCAAAAAAUCUUUUUCAAGCGUGCUUAAAUCAAGGUCAGUUGGACACAGCUGCAUCUUAUCUGAUAAUUUUACAAAAUUUGGAACUGUCAUCAGUAAGUCAACAGCAUGCUACAUUUUUAUUAGAUUCAUCACUUGAAGCUGGCAAAUGGGAGCUGGCAAAUGAACUUGUGAGAUUCUUAAAAGCAAUUGACCCCAAAGAUAAUGAAAUGAUUCCUCGUUCCUUUAAUUUACCAAAUAAGUACGGUAUACCUCAUUCUACACCCCCUGUAAGUCCAACAGAAGAUGAUCUGUCCUUUGUAUUAGGAACUGUCUCAUUAAGUAGAACUAGAUCUCAAAGUACAACUGUUUCCCAAAAAUUGGCUUCUGCAAUUCAAGAUAAAUCGUCACGAAUUCAACAUCAAGAUAUUACAAGAACAAUUAGUGAGCCACAUAACAUUCCUAGGAGAAGGAGAAUAUCUGAACAUAAGGAAAAGCCGAAUCAGGAUGAAUUUUUCAUAGAUGCUCUAUUAGUAGGGCAUGCUCGGAAGCUGCUCAGUUGUGGAAAACUGAAAGAUUUAGGAUAUUUUGCAGCUCAUCUUGAUUUUCAUUUAGUUACAUUCUUUACUAAGGAAAGGGACCAGGCUGCUCACGUUGAUGAUUUUCUCCGAGCUUUGUUUACACUCCAUCAAGACUUUCAAUGGCCAUUUCCCUUAUCAUCUGUACUUUGUACAAAUAACUUAAAUAAAAAUGCAGAUUUAAUGCACAAUUUUUUGGAUUAUAAAUCUGUCAUCACAGAGUCAGGUUUUAAAUCUAAUUCUACUUAUCAUAAACUAAAUGAAGUUAAUUAUAAGGACAUGCAAGACAAUGGUUGCAGAAUUAAUCCCUCUGAUAAAAUAAAGAAUUCUUUUGGAAUUCCUCCCAGUAAACUCAAUGCAAAUUUGGAUCGAGUGUCUGACCAAACUAUUGAAGCUAAACUUGCCCCAAAACAAAAAGAAAGCAGCUUAUUAACCCUAGAUGUCUCAGAAAACAGCUCUUUAUGGACAGAUGACAGUCUGAACACAUUUGACGAAGAAAAUUUUUCAUCAUUACCUUCAUCCCUGGAAUUGGAAAAUGUUCCAGAAGAUCUAAUUAGUAAAGGCCCAUUAGAAACUGAAGUACAAUUAAGGUAUCUACUACAAUUGCUAUUAGAAGCAGGCUGUUUGGAUUGGUCUCUAUUAAUUGCCAUUGUUUUAAGGGAUGUCAUGGGUGUCAUACGUGUUGUAAAUUUGGCGAAGCAGCCUGAUCAGUUACCAGAGAUUUUAAAACACUUACGGGAUGGAAUGGCCUCUAUUGAACAGUGGGCUGAAAAAGAAUGUCUUGGUUACAAAACAUUCAUGUUGAUGGUGCAUAAUCAAGCUAAAGCAUUGAGUAAAAUCAGCUCUCCCACUACUUCAUUAAUGAAGAGAGAAAUACAGCGAUCUACAGAAGACUAUUCCAGUGAUAUCUUGUAUGACAGUGAAGAAAACCACCACAGACUUUCAACCAGCAGCGAUAUCCCUGGAAUUGAGGGUACAUUAGUUCUUCAUGGUUCAAGUCCUGACAAAGAGGAAGAAGUAUCAUCCAAUGACUCUGAAGAAAGCUUUGAUUCUCAAAAAAGAGAAACUCAAUCAUCAGAAUGUUUAAUAUCAUAGAAAAAGUAUUUUGUGUAGUUUAUGUACAUUUGUAGCAAAGUGAGUGAUACAUUUUAUGAAGAACCAUCUUCACUGUUUUAACUGAUAUUUAUUAUAUAAUUGAAGUGGAUUUCAUAGAAUUUGCUCAAUUAUUGUUUUAUAAGGAAGGAAAGUGUACGUUAUUCAUGUAAUUGGAAUACAUAUAGCAGUAUUUAUGGUAUUACUAACCACUUUUUUUUAAUACUUAAAGAAUCAUUCCAGAUUUUACAGUUUGUAGCUUUGCUGUAUAUCUAUUUAAAAUACAUCAAUUUUAACUUGUACUCUUCAUUUAAUUUUGAGAUUUGUGUAUCAUUAUUUUGUCUUUGGAGAAAUGCAUGAUAAAUUGGUUUCGACACAAAUAUUUUUAUACCACUUUCUAUAUUUAUCGCCGACUUUAGUUAACUCUUAAUGAAUUAUUACGUAGUUUUUUCCUUCCAAUUAUAUGUUUAGAAUGUUCUAUGAAUUAACUGUCUAAUAAUACUCGUUUUUGUGAGGAAAAAAAAACUAAUAUUUUUACCAGUUUAAAAAUAAGUAUUUCCUGUAGAUAAUUUUCAAAUUUACAUUAUAUUCGUCAAAUUUAUAUUUUUUCCACAAUUGAAGAGAGUAUAGUUUGAAUUCACAUGAAUGACUUCUCAAAAAUUAUUCUUUUUUAAAUAUUUUUCUUUUUUUAAAAAGAACAUUAAUUAUGAUAAAGCAUUGUUUCUUAAAUGUUAUUGCAACACAUAUCUUGAAUGCAUUAUGAAAAUGUUGUACAAAAACAGUUUUACUGAAAUAUGGUGAUUUUUGUUAAAACUUUAUUUUAUAAUUUUUUUUUUAAACCUUAAUUCAAAUGAAUCUGACUUUUUCAUUGUUAACCAUUCGUGAGCUAGAAACAUUCCAUCCCUUAUAUACACUAUGUUAACAGCUCAUUACUUAUUUCAAAUAAGCAAUUUGUGGUUAAAAAUGUAUGAUUUUAAAUAGGAGAAAUAAUGAUAAAUUUUAAACCGUGAAAUUUUUCAUGAGAAAAACUCAAUAAUGGAACUAUAUUUGUUUCCUUUCAAAUUAUGACAUUAAUUUUAUUAUGGUGUUAUUAUAUUGUAUAAUUUCAUUGAACUAAUUAUGUACAGAAAAUAAAAAAUCUUAAUUUUAAAGUGUGUUGCAUGCACUAAGCUGUUGAGAAACUCUGAAUUGAAUAAUGAUAACUGAUGAAUUAAAUUCAUUACAUUAAUUAAAGUUCACAUUUUAAUGCAAGUUUAUUUACUUAAUAAUGUUUGAAGUUUUUCUACUUUGAUAAGUAUUUUUUUUUUAUGCAAAGUAUAUUUAGCUUCAGUAAAAACAUACAAGUUAGAAUUAUAACUGAAAUUUUUAUUCAUUAAAAAAGAAAGCUGUGACUUAUCUAAUACAAAUUUAAAAAAAUAAAUUUUGAAUUGUUCCAUUUCAUCAUUAUGGAAAGUUAUUAAUUCAUGUCUUUUCAGUGAUUGAAAAAAAAAAUCCAUAUAUUUAGUUUAGUAUUAUAUAUGUAACCAUGAAAUAAUAUAAAAUUUUACCUAAUUUUUGUUUUUUCUUACAUAGUUGUUUCUGCUCCUAUCAAACUCUAUAUUCAUACAUUUAUAAAAAAACAUUUGUUUAUUGGAUACAACUCUGCUUAAUUAGUAUAUUGUUUUUAAUUAUAAUGUAAACAUCUGCUUUUUUUGCCUGGAAAGCUUUCACUUGAAAUCUGUUUAACUAUUUAAUCAGAUUGCUUAUUAAAUAAUACAGCAGAGUGCCCAUUUAUGCGAUUGUCCCAUUAUCCAGAUAGUUCAAGGACCAUGUGUUUUCCCAUUUUUUUCAGAAAGUUACAUAAAAAAAUCUUGGAAAUUCUUUGUUUUCAGAAUAUCUGAAAUGGAUUGAAAAAUGCCUUAUUUUGCCUCUCAUUAAACUUGAAAAAAACCUUAUGUUCUUUCCGCCCAAUUUCAAUGUGGGUAAGUGGUUUGUCAUAAAAGAACAGGUUUCUAAAACAAUUUUAAAAAAUUAAACUUAAACAUGCCAUUUGUUAUAUGUUAUUAUAGGCACUAAUCCUAAGUUUUGAAAAAGUGUGAAAGGCAGUUAUUUAAAAACAAUCACAUAGCCGUUUUUUAUAGUUGUCCAAUUAUCUGGAUAUUCUGUUAUAAGGAACUACUUUGGACCAGAGUGGUCAGAAUAAUCGGCGCUCUGCUGUAUUUGAAACUUUUAUUUCAACUAUUUAUUAAUAGUACUGAUGAAACAUUACAAUUUUAAAUGUAAAUACUUCUACUUUUUAAAGUUGUUAGAAGUAAAUGCUCUAGAUUUUUUUUUGUUGUAAAUUUUUAUAAAUUGUUUAGAAUAAAGUUAAAUCACAAAAGUAAAAAUUUAUCUUUAAUAUUCAUAGAUGUAACACUAGAGAUCUGAUUCAUAUGUUGUUCCAUUUGUAUUAUAAUCAUUACUUUGUACCUGUAUGUGUUACUUGUAUAAUGAAUGAAAAGAUUAUUAAAGAAAAAUUUGAAUUUUUUUAUAUAUAAAUUGAGAAUUGUUAAUGUUAUUUAUAUGUCAAGUCAUAAUGCCAAAAUUUAAUAUAUGUAAAAUGAUUUAUCUCAAUAAAAUAAAUUAUUUUUGUAACAA